AUGAACCAAUAGGAAGGAUCAAAUUCGAAAAUAGCUAUUCCUAGAGCAUUAUAAUUCUUGGCAUCUGUAAAUUGGGUGGAAGUCUUUUUUGAUUUAACUAAUAGAUUUCCUUAAAAUACAGUAAGAACGUAGGCAACUGGAUUAGAUCCAGUAGUACCUUACAAAAAUGUAAAAUUACCACUAGAAUCUUGA